GUUCGACCACAUUUGGAUUCCCCACACUUUAUCUCACUGUCUCUCUCAGUUUCAAGUUUCAAGUUUCAAGUUUCAAGUUUCAAGUUUCAAACUUGAAAAACUAGAGCUCAAGUUUUGGGGUUGACAAUGGCAGCUCUGCGAACUGCUGGCGCUUUCCAUGGAACUUUGCUUCCUUCCUCUCCGAAUAAGCUGUAUGUUCCUAAUUCAGCGGCCAUGGCUAGUUCUUCAAGAGACCUUCCACUCACAAUCAAAGGAUUCUCAAAGGAAACAGUUGCCUGUGAAAAUGGAAUUGCAGGUACUUUUAGGAGGCAGGUACUGGUUGGAAUAGGAGCAUUGGCGACUGUUCUUCUCCCAGUAAGCUAUGCUUUCUCUGAAGAGGUACCAAAGGAUUAUCAAGCUUAUGUUGAUUUUUCAGAUGGAUAUUCAUUCUUUUAUCCUUCAGAUUGGAGGGACUUUGAGUUUCUAGGGCAUGAUUCAGCAUUCAAAGAUCGCAUCUUGCCCUUGCAAAAUGUGAGAGUCAGUUUUAAGCCAACUGAUAAAAGUGAUAUCCAUGAUCUAGGUCCAAUGAAGGAGGUGGUUAUGAAUUUGGUCAAUAAUGUACUUGCUGCACCAAAUCAAAGAGCAAGAAUAUUUGAUAUUCAGGAGCGCUCUAUUGAUGGAAAGAAUUACUAUACCUUCGAGUAUGAACUUGCAUCUGCAAACUUUUCUCGCACUGCCUUUGCAACUAUAGCCAUUGCAAAUGGCAAGUACUACACACUGAUUGUUGGUGCCAAUGAAAGACGAUGGAGCAGAGUUAGAAACAAACUCAAAGUUGUUGCUGACUCUUUCAAGGUCUUUGAUGCCUGAAAUUGGGGUGACAAUAAAUCAGAAUGCCAAGCAGCAGUUGGCUCAAAGUUCCAAAAGUGACACUCAUCUAUUGUCAAUUUCCUAGGGCAAAACAGGCACUUUAUCUAAUUGGUUGUUUGGUCUGAAUUUUUUGUUUCAUUUUAUACUUCUUUGGUUCAUUCCUUCGAGGACAGAGCAUUCUAAGAUACAGAAUGUCCCUUGGUUGUAUUCCCAACUGUCAAUAUUUGUCACCAGUGUAAGCAACAUACCGUGAAAUUGAAAAAAUGAAAAAGAUUGUCUACUGCAAA